AAGGAGGAAAACCAGCACCGUUUCAAAAAAACUAUGGUCUUUUGAAGCAGCUUGACGUGGAAAGUCAUUUUGAGGUGACGGGACAAGCACCAGAAGUGAAGGCAUUCGUAGCGCUGCAACACUUCGACUCGUUAGACUUCACCGGAUGCAUGUUGUGCAUUGGCUACCAUGCUUUCGCGCGAGAGCUGAGUCGCGCUGCCUAUCAGUGGACAAAUCCAGACAUCUCUUGUCUUCGCAUUUCGUUGCGGCGGAAUCAAUUGUCACGGGUUCCCUUGUGUGAUCAGAUCGCGCAAGAACUGAGCGCGUUGCCAGGUGUAUAUUCAGCGGACACGACGAGAACCUUGCGGCAGUCUCUGCGUGCAUCUUUUAGUUCUGGUGGUCGAAGUUCGAUCCAGAAGAAUCUUCCUGGUGCUAGAGUGCCUUUGUUCGCAUCUGCACCAAGUAGAGGAUUAGCACCGACCAGGACGACAACUGCCGACGUUGCACGUUUUUCGAACAGGAGUCUGAACUCGGGCUCAGCAGGUCCAGGAGCACGUGCUACAGUGUGUGCAGUAGAUCUUACAGCUCCGACGCCCCAUGAUCUUGACAACUCUGGCAUUGAGCAGUUGCAUGUGGCAAAUUACCACGAUGCGUCAACAAAUUGCGAUGAUAAAGAUAGCACGGGGCUGUACUUCGCAACGCGGCCUCCAGGAGCUUUGUCUAGAAGAGAGCAGGAAAAGCGUCCAGCAGGAAGCAUUUCGUUUACACCGGCAUUUUCAGCAGAUGGAGACUCUGGAAGUGGACUACAAAUAUUCCAAGUUGGGGGGACCAUGAUAAAGAGCAGCAAAAAAUCUACACAGCAAAAUUUGCAACAACAGAAUCAGAACAUAUGUUUACAUGCUGCGGAUGCAAGCUUGUUAGAUGCAC